AUGAGUCGGACUACAGCUGAUCGAGAAAUCAUACGUUCAGCACCGAACCUUGCCCAGCCUUACAUCGUUCUUUCUGAUGGCUCUUUGCAUCCUCUUGAACACCCCGAAAUAUCCUCAUCGACCCUUCGUGGUUGUGCUGGGGGGAUCCGAAGCUCUGUCAACGACAUGCUCAAAGGGUGUCAGGCCAUAUUGCCAGCUGCCACAACUGGUCAUCCAAAUGGCACCGAUGAAUCCAAAUCAGCUCAGUCUAACAUCCUUCCCAAUGCCGCCGAGUUGUUUCAGAGCGCAAAAAUCAUCAAUCCAGGAUCCAUGGCUGCGGGAAAUUGUUGCAAGGGAUGGGUUCGACAAACCACUCCAGCAACCCUAGGCAUGAUCUCGCCUAACCGCAAUUUCUCCAGCCCGGUACUAGGCAAAAAAUCACCAGCCAAAUUGAUCUUAUCUCACAAUGGCGAUACGAGAGGAUACACAUCAUCCCUUUGCCUCUUUCCGGAGGAAGGUGCCGCCAUCGUGGCUUUGACAAACGGCACGGGAAUGAGUGACUGCACAGACUUCAUCAUGCAGGUCUUGGCUCAAUCCAUGUUUGACUUUGAACCUAAGAAUGACUAUGUUGUACUCGCUGUUGACGCGGCGGCCGCCUAUCGAUCCAGGUACUAUGAAAAGUUUGAGGAAGCUUUGAAACGACAUCGGCAGGUCGGCACGGAGAGACCAGUGCGGCAUGACUUUGUCGAAGAGUACACCAGAUCCAGAUUCAACUCGGCUAUUAGACUUAGGGUCGCCGAGGACGGAGUGUAUGGAAUCAAGAUUAUAAUAAAUGGCCACGAGGGUCAGGCUUAUUGUCUCAUCACUAUCACUUCGACACAUGGUCCCUUCAACCGGACAGUAAGGAUGAUGCUUCAAACGAGGCUAUUCUAA